AUGCUAACGCCACUUGCUACUAAAGAAGAUGAUGAAACUAAAGUUCCAUCAGAAUAUUAUUCUACACAUUAUACUCCACAACAUCAUCAUUAUUAUUAUCAUCCAGUUCCAUUCAAUGAUGAAUCGAAUAAUCUUCAUCAUUCUCAAACAUCCAGUUUUUAUGAAUCCUCACAAUAUUAUACACUGUCACCUGGAUAUUCUCAUCCGCAAACAAACACUCGUAUAAAUGAAGAAGAUUCAAAUAAUCAAGGAUCUUCAUCAAUUUAUUUGCCUCUGUAUCAUAAUCGGCAUCCUUAUUCAUCUGAAGAUAUGUUAUUUACACAAAAACUAUCCGAUCAACAAUCAACUCCGAUCUAUGAUUAUAAUCUCUCUCCAAUACCAAGUUUACAAUCAAAUCAAAUGUUUCAUUCACAUCCAAAUUAUGUUCAAACAACUGCAGAACAAACCGUUUGUAGUACAAGCACCGGCGGAGAUUAUUUAACUCCUUAUCCACCAUUAAAUGGUCUUUGUCGAUCCGAUUCGAUGGCAGUCGAAUUAGUCAAUCGGCCACUAUGGCUUAAAUUUGCUCCACAUACACUUGAAAAUAUUAUAACGAAAACUGGUCGUCGUAUGUUCCCAACACUUGAAUAUAAAAUCUACGGAUUAAAACCCGAAGCAACAUAUAAUAUGUAUGUUGAUAUGGUUUUAAUUGAUGUUAAUCAUUGGAAAUUUAAUUCUGGCAAAUGGGUACCAUCAGGACAAGCCGAACAAUGUCAAAAGACAAAUCAUGUUUAUUUACAUCCUGAUUCACCAAAUAGUGGUACACAUUGGAUGAAAAAUGAAAAGGUCUCAUUUUCAAAAUUAAAAUUAACAAAUAAUAAACAAUUACCAACAAGUCAUCCACAAAAUCAAAUGACACUUAUUCUUAAUUCAAUGCAUAAGUAUAUGCCACGUUUAAAUAUUGUUGAAGUAAGCGGUCGUUCAUCUGAUCCAACAUCAUCCAAUAAAUCGAAUUCCCCACCAAAACAUACAUUUACAUUUCCUGAAACACAAUUUAUUGCUGUUACAGCUUAUCAAAAUACUGACGUUACACAGCUUAAAAUUGAUAAUAAUCCAUUUGCUAAAGGCUUUCGAGACAGUGCUGAUAGUCGCAAUACUUAUCAUUCAUAUUCAUAUGGUUCUCCGUCACCACCAUAUAGCAGUGGAAAUUCGGUAGCACUGGAUUAUUAUGGAAAUGGCCCGUAUGAACAUCACCAGUCAUAUAAGAAGAAACGACAUAACUAA